AUGAGUUGGGAACAAAGCCGUGAACGCACUUGCGAGAAACUGGAGAUCAAUGAGGCUGUCGGGAAACUGCUGCAAUCUUUCAAUUAUGACACUAUCGUACCGCAACCGGCAAAAGGUGGUGGAUGCAUGCGCCGGGAGCACGUGAAACGUCCAAUGAACGCGUUCAUGGUGUUUGCACAAGCAAUGCGGCGUCGGCUCUCCGAGCAGCGGCCAUCGUUGCAUAACGCAGAAUUAAGCAAGUCACUAGGAUCCAUGUGGAAAAGUUUAAGUGAAGAAGAGAAACUACCAUUCGUGAAAGAAGCGGAGAAGUUACGAACACAACACAAAAGGGAAUACCCCGAUUACAAAUACCAACCUCGACGUCGCAAACCACCCCCCAAUACGUCAGCGACGGCAAGACUCAAGAGGGAACCUUCUCCUGAACGAGCCCAGAUAGACUUUUCGCGGAUAGAAGUUGAUGGAGCUCUAUUGGCGGACGGGCCACCAGAUGGUGCUGAAUUGGAUCAAUAUCUAAAACCAACCACAAUACCAGACUAUCACGAAAUGCAGCCCCGUUAUCCUACUCAUAGCCUUACGCAUCACGCACCUGCUCUCUAUCCUCCGGUGCCAUCGCAUUUGCAUCCACCUUGCGCAGAAUGGCAACACUACGCGGGACAUCCUUAA